AUGCGCCAGAUGCAUCCACACAGAAAACGAACCAUGUUCACUGAGAAGCAACUGAAAGCUUUGAACAUCUUGUUCAAUGAGAACCCAUAUCCAAACCCCAGCCUUCAGAGAGAGAUGGCCUCAAAAAUCGACAUACAUCCAACAGUACCACAGGUUUGGUUCAAGAACCAUAGAGCAAAACUCAAGAAAGCAAAAUGCAAGAAUGUUCAGCAAAAACAAGCAGCUCAACAGCCACAGAUACCUGAAGGUGAAAUCAAGAUCAGUCCCAGUCAGAGAAAUACGGAAAUACAGCCCAGGUCCCCAAACGCCGCCUAUCCUGCAGCUCUCAUUUACGCGGGGCACCAGGCACCCUCAUACCAACUCAUCUCAUACUUCAACAUUAAGGUCCCUACAGAUGUCUUCUUUGGCCACAAAAUAGUCCACUUUGGCUGCUGCCAAGACCCUAACAUUUAUUCCCUUUAUCCUAUUGUGGAAUCCCAGGUUGAUUCUCCACGCUUCGGUCCUCAUGUUUUUGGCUGUUCACUUCUACAAAGCAGGGAGAGACACCAGCUGUAA